CGUGCUGCGCUCCGCUCCCAUUGGCUGCACGCGCCUUUGUGUGGCGGCAGCUGCGGUCCCAGCGCCUUUGAAUGUCGAGAGGGGCCGGGAAGGGAGCCUUUCCAUGGGCCAUCUGUCUCCCCGCCAGCCGCCGCCCCACCGCCGCCCGCGCCCCGCGCUCCGCCUCCCGCCCCGGCGGCUCCCGCAGCCCCGCCGCCGCCCGCGCCCGCGCCCCGGAGCCGCGCCACAAAGGGCCCGCGCGCUGCUGCCGCCGCUGCCGCGCGAGGAGCCAGGAUGGUCCUGGUCCACGUCGGCUAUCUCGUGCUUCCAGUGUUUGGCUCUGUGCGAAACAGAGGUGCCCCCUUUCAAAGGUCUCAGCAUCCUCACGCUACCUCCUGCCGCCACUUCCACCUGGGCCCCCCGCAGCCGCAGCAGCUCGCGCCCGACUUCCCCCUGGCCCACCCCGUGCAGUCGCAGCCGGGCCUCAGCGCCCACAUGGCCCCGGCCCACCAGCACAGCGGCGCCCUGCACCAGUCGCUGACCCCGCUGCCCACCCUGCAGUUCCAGGACGUCACAGGUCCCUCCUUCCUACCUCAGGCCCUGCACCAGCAAUACCUCCUGCAGCAGCAGCUCCUGGAAGCCCAGCACCGCAGGCUGGUCUCGCACCCCAGGCGGAGUCAGGAGCGCGUGUCUGUCCACCCCCACCGGCUCCACCCCAGCUUCGACUUCGGUCACCAACUCCAGACACCUCAGCCCAGGUAUUUGGCUGAGGGCACUGACUGGGAUCUCAGUGUGGAUGCCGGCUUGAGUCCUGCUCAGUUCCAGGUGCGGCCCAUCCCUCAGCACUAUCAGCAUUACCUAGCCACGCCUCGAAUGCACCACUUUCCCAGAAACUCCUCCUCCACGCAGAUGGUCGUCCAUGAAAUCCGAAACUACCCUUACCCUCAGCUUCACUUCCUUGCUCUCCAGGGACUGAACCCCAGCAGACACACCUCUGCCGUGCGGGAGAGCUAUGAGGAGCUGCUGCAGCUCGAGGACAGGCUGGGAAAUGUGACUCGGGGGGCCGUGCAGAACACCAUCGAGAGGUUCACCUUCCCCCACAAGUACAAGAAGAGAAGACCCCAGGAUGGCAAGGGAAAGAAAGAGGAGGGGGAGGAGUCAGACACAGACGAGAAAUGCACAAUUUGUCUGUCCAUGCUGGAAGAUGGAGAAGAUGUGAGGCGUCUACCGUGUAUGCAUCUGUUUCACCAGCUGUGUGUGGACCAGUGGCUCGCCAUGAGCAAGAAAUGCCCCAUCUGCCGGGUGGACAUUGAGACACAACUGGGAGCUGACAGCUGAGGGAGGAAUUAGCCAGUGGACGCCCCAUUUUCCUUCACCAGGUCCCCCCACGGCCAUAGCCCUUGCAGCCAAACUUUGCCUUCUGAGCCAUUUGACGUAGAGGAAAAGCCUGCAAGCACAUUCUGUGGAAAGAGGAGUUGGUGGUAUCAGUGUCUGAGGGACAGGAGGGGUCGGGGAGGACCCGCCCAUCCGGAAUGGCGACUGUCCCCAUCUGCCUCGCUGCUCGGGAGGGAGGGAGCUGGCCGUGCCGGAGCAGGGGUGGGAAGGGGGGCCCACGCUGCUGAGAACCCACACGUGAUCCCGAAGGUCCCAGCUCAUAGACGGGCCCCUCAAUCCUGUCCUUUGAAGGAUUGUAUAUAUACCUCUCGACCACGUAGAAACCAUGUAGGGGUCUCUAGCUAUUUCUGUGGAUGGCAGCCGGAGCAUGUUAGCUUAAGAAAAAUGUUGUGUGUGGUGCUCUAGUCAUCUUGUGGUGGUCAUGUCGCUAUUACCGAAUCCGCACCAAAUAUUUCUCAUUGAGUUUCUUGUUUUGGUGCCUGACUGAACCAACCAACGACAGCCCAGAUUUUCCCGUCUUUGUGAGAGGAAAGGGAAAAGGAAUCAAAAGUGAAAGGAAAAAAAAAAAGCCAAAUCCUGUUUACGAUGAAAAAAGGAUGAUUUUUUUCACCCAGGUUGGGAGGCGGGUGGGGGGGUCCUUGUUUCGUUUUCCGUUUUGGUUUUUCCCUUUGCUUUCAUUUUUCUCAUGUUUACAAUGCACGGAGUGUGGAAGGGGGCAUCUGGGAGAGGCAAGGACUGGAGAAGGAGCAGGAGGGGGCUUAGAUAGGCUUCCAAGGGGCCCAGCCAGGCUUGGGAAGGUGGGGUUUGAGCAGGUAAGGGGAGAAUUCUGUCUCGAAGGAGGGAUUGCUAUUUCCAGGCCCGUUUACUUAGCUCCAGCCAUCCCCUCAGUUCCACACUGAACCAGGGAGGGGCCGGCCUUCAACUGAAGUUGCCACCAGGUUCCUUAGAGCCAGGAUGCGCCUGCUCACGCCAACUCCUUUUGGGCUGUGCUCAUGCCCUGCCACAAAGAGGCAAUUUGGCUACUGCCUCCCUAUGCAAAAAAUGAACCAGAUGGUAAGGAUACGUAGCAUAGGUGAUGGAUACUAGGUCCUGGCCAAAGUGCUCUCAGCUAGCACCCUUGGGCUGAGGUCAAUACUGUGGGCCUUGAGGAGGACCUUGAGCUUCCUUUGGGAUGGCUCAAAUCCUGAUGGAGUCCCACGGAGAAGGCCCUGGCCCUGGGACCCUGCUGGCUGGGUGUGGGAGGCACUGUGUCCCUGGCCUCUGGCCCUUUCUCUGACUCUGAUAACCUUGGGCAAGUCCCUUUCAUUCUCUGUGCCUCAGUUUCCCUCUCCUUAGAGUGAGGAGAAAUGACAGUGCAUCCCCGUUUCCACUUCCUCUACCUCACUUACAUAUUGUGAGGAUUAAUCCGACCUGCCCAAGACGCUCACGCGCUCUCCUGGGGACCUCCUUGGGAUAGGGGUGGGGGUGGUAGGAGAGACAGACCUGGGAGCUCCAGGUGACAGCACACAGUAUGUCUUUCUGCACCGCGCCCACAGUCUCCCUGAACCUCAACGGGGGCUGAGAGAUGAGAGGACAGAGGAGUGGAGAUGGGAAAAUCUACCACAUUCCACCAAUCCACCGGUCCCAACCCAACGUUCUUUAUCUGCUGGUGGAAAACACCAGCUCAGCUGGACUUCGGCUCUCUUCCUUUUCCCCUCUUGUGCUCCUCUCCCUCAUUUGCACUGCCCUCAAAGCUUCCCCCUCGACCCCAGUCUCAAUGCCCAUGUAUUGACAAGAGAAGACUAGGGGGGACAGAAUAUUUAUUACAUAUAUGAAGAAAUUCCAUAAGGUUGAGGAAAUUGGAGUGUGCGUUGCUGCUACAAAGGGUAAAACCAUGACUAAUGGGUAAAAAUGACUGGGAGGCAGAUUUGGGCUUGAGGUAGAACCUUCUAGUACAACUAAGCUAUCAGGUAGCUGCUCUGGACAGCUGCAGGUGGCGUGUGGAGGUGGCUUCUGGAGGGAGGGUUACUCAAGGAUCUUACUCAGAGUAAGGCGACCCUUACUGGGUGCCUGCCAGGGCAGGUGCUGGGACAGAUGAUGGUGAGGAAGACGGUACCUGCCUUGAGGAGUGUACGGUAGAGCCGAGGAGUUAAGACACGAAGAAUAAGAACAGCGCAAAAAUGGUGAAUAGUCUACCUAAUUGGCAAUGAGCAUGACACUGUCCCCUAACAGUGUCUCAGGCUAAAGGCUAGAGACCACACCGGUGUGAGAAGGAUUUAGUUCUGAGUCAGGAUUUGGGGGAAAGCUAGUGACUUGUUUUCCUGGGAAGGUGGGAAUUCUCCCUGCCCUGCUUUGACCCCCAGGUAGCCAGGGCGGUCCAGGGAAGGUCACUCCCCUCUUAGUCGUGGGCUCUUGUUCCUCUAAGGCUGGUUUGGAAGGCUGGCAGGUAGAGGGGGGGGGGGGAGGCCAGACGGGCGAGAGCUGGCGUGCCGCGUCCUGGCCUUGGCUCUUCCCGGACAGAGUGGGUAGUGCCAGAACGCUGCCUUCUUCUCUCUGGGCCUCAGUUUCCUCGGUUGUACCACGAGGAGGCCGGACUGCGUGCUUGCUAAAUUUUCUUCCCACACUCACAUUCUUCCAUCUUCCCUAACAUCAACACGUCAGUCAAGUCAUUAGAGCUGCGUGCCAGCCGCGCUGUUGAGGCGACUUGCUGUGGCCCCGACGCCUGCUUUGGGGCUGAGCAUGGGGCGUGGUCUCCUCCUCCUACCCCUCCCAAUUAUCUGCAGGCUCCCUGAGCCGCACUGCCUGGACUGGGUGGGGACCACCUGGAGGGAAGAAGUCAGCUGCUGGCUUUCCGGGUAGAUUCUAAAGCCCUCGUCCUCUCCCCAUCUCCUCGGGGCCCUCUUACCCUGCAGGUGGGCACGGGAGGUGAUGUGGAUGCAGGCACCUCCCUGCUCCUUUAGCGGGGCAGCUACCUGGGUGAGAAGAGAGGACAGGGGGUCUGUGCUUCUGCUCCCUCGCGGCCCCUCCCCCAUUGUCCGGGAGCCGGGGAAGAGUGGAGAAGAGGCGGGCUCAGGCCUCAGCAUCUCACACCCGCCACCUCCAGGAGGGGAGAACCCCAGCGCUCCCCUCUGCUCAACACCAGGGACUCAGACCCUUUCUCGACUGAGACGCAUGAGUGCCUUCUGGGGCGAGAGCUGCCCCAGGAUCGAGUCGGGCCUCCUAGCUGCAGCACAGUCCUGGCCGCAGUGGGUCCACUGAGGAUGCCAAUCGCCGAAACCAACGCUGCGAGCCCGGCCCGCUCAGGCAGAGGGCGGGGCCACGGGGCUCCUCCACCCGCCCCCAGGGACCCUCUCGCGCCCUGUCGCCCUUGCCCACCACCUGUGGCAAGACUUGAGCUCCUCUUCUGCAAAUGUUCCCGGCCUCCGUGCAAGUAUUCUUAACUCUUUACGCCUAAUGAACAAGCACAGUUUUUUCAAUGGUGAAAAAAAGCACCAGAUUUUUCUUUUUUUUCUGAAGAAAUCCCCCAAGCCCCCCCGCCGGCCGGCGGGACACACACUCCCCGCGUGGGGCUGUAGCAACGUCGUCUGUCAGGUCCCCCCCUCGUGUUUCAUCACCUGCGCGCGCGUAGAGCAAAUGCUAGAGCGAUUUCAGCUGAUAGAAAAACAAAAAUGAAAAAAAAAACCACAAAAAACAUGGCACGUUGCUAGUUUACAGGGUUUUGUGAGUUUAAAUGCCUUAUAUUUAACAAUCAUAAUUUAUGACUAACUUGUAGAUAUCGUGGGUUCUUAUUUAAUUAUUUUUAUAGUUGUUUUGCAUUUUUAAUUAUAAUUUAUUUAUUUAGAAAGGAUACUAAUUUUUUUUAUUACUCCUAUUACCUCAUUUUGGCGUUGUUUCUGGGAGUGGAAUGCUUUGCAUGCAUUGGUACGAUGACAAACAACUACGAAUACAAAAAAUAAAUAAAAUUCCGCGAACUUUAUUUCGUCCAAACUAUCAGGGUGUGUGAUUGCAAGCUGUCCUCCUGUGGUGCUGGCCUCUUUGGAUACAUUCCAUACGAAAUGCAAACCUUUGAUUCUGUAUGCUGUGAUCUAGUGAAAAACUCCAAUAUAGUGACUGUAUUUAGCACAUAUAUAAAUAUGAUUUGCACUCAUCAGCAGACUGGGGUAAUCCUUUCACUUGCUACCCUUCCCCCCCA